AUGUGGUGGAUGGUGGAAAAUAAAUGUUAAUGUGGCAACCUUUUAAAAAGAAAGUGAAGUGAAAGAAAUGAAUUUACGAGAAUAGGUCGCACGUCGCAUAGAUUUUUGGUUGAUUUCCUUUUCACUUUGCUUUCGUAUUCUCCGUAAGAUCUAAUAAACUGACGUUAAUUUGUGUUUUUGGUUAUAUUUUGAUUCAACGGAGUCGGUGCCGUAACACCGAACGCAAGAUAAGUACGAAUGUGGACAGCAUCUUAUUGAUUUUCUUUCCUUGCAUACGCUUUCAACCAACGCGAAGUGGUGUUAACAAAACUAGUGAAGAAUCUAUGAUCUAGUUCAUAUUUAAUUAACUUUUUAGUCCAGCGACUGGACCGUUUCCCCGGACAUCUGUAAAAAUAAAUUAGUGAAAAUGAUGGCUAAUUCACUUGACACCGUUAACGCGAAUCAACCCACGCAAAAUGGAAGCAAGGUGCAGCCGAGCAAUAACGAGUCGAAGACCAACCUUAUAGUGAACUACUUGCCACAGACGAUGACGCAGGAGGAGAUCAGGUCACUGUUCUCGAGCGUCGGCGAAGUAGAAAGUUGCAAGUUGAUAAGAGACAAAGUGACCGUAUUCCCCGACCACAUCCUGAACGGACAAAGUCUCGGAUACGCCUUUGUCAACUACCACAAGGCGGAGGACGCAGAGAAAGCGGUCAACACACUGAACGGCUUGAGAUUACAGAACAAGAUCAUCAAAGUUUCGUACGCGCGGCCCAGCUCCGACGCUAUCAAAGGCGCUAACUUGUAUGUGUCCGGGCUGCCCAAGCACAUGACGCAGCAGGAGCUAGAAAAGCUGUUCGGGCCUUACGGCUCCAUCAUCAGCUCGCGCAUCCUGCACGAGAACGUGAACGUCGGCCACCUGCUGCAGGGCGGCGGCGACGGCGAGACCAUCCAAGGACCGUCGCGCGGCGUCGCCUUCAUCCGGUACGACCAGCGUUGCGAAGCCGAAGCCGCCAUUCGCGAGCUCAAUGGCACCGUGCCGCCUGGAGGGACGGGGCCUAUGACUGUCAAGUGCGCUAACAACCCCAGCAACCAGAACAAAGCCCUCGCCCCUCUGGCCGCAUACCUGGCACCGACGUCCACACGCCGCUUCGUUGGACCUGCAGGCAAGGCUCUCCUAGCCAUCAACAAAGGUUUGCAGAGAUUUUCUCCCCUAGCCGACCCCCUGAUUCAAGGUAAUGCUCUAGGAGGCUCAGGUUGGUGCAUUUUCGUGUACAACAUUGGGGCUGACACAGAGGAAAGCAUCCUGUGGCAGCUCUUUGGCCCGUUCGGUGCCGUCCAGAGUGUUAAAAUUAUAAGAGAUCCCACCACCAACAAGUGCAAAGGUUAUGGAUUUGUGACCAUGACCAACUACGAUGAGGCAGUGGUGGCCAUCCAGUCACUCAAUGGCUACUCAUUGAAUGGCCAGGUGCUCCAGGUCAGCUUCAAAACGAAUAAGAGUAAAUCUUAAGCUCUGCAAAGUCUAGUCAAUAAAUUGUAGCUAAUACAAAAAUGUUGAUCAUUACUGUCAUGGACAUCACAAAAGAUUGAUUAAUUUUAGUAUGACAUAGGUAACAGAGUGACAUGAGAUUGUUUUUAAGUCAGUGUGAAUAACAAGUACAAAUAUGAACCUUCCCUGAAAUGGACUAGCUUCUUGUGGCUUAACAGUACU